AUGCGCACCGGUAUCUUGCUCAGUGUCGCUUUUGCGACCACCGUCUUUGCUCAUGGCGGCGCUCACUCGCAGAAGCCCGUGGUUGAUGCCAAUGCAGACUGGAUGACCAAACAUAUGGCGGAGGAGCAUCAUGUUCAAGGCUGGGACGCCGACUCCUUCUUCACCCUCCACGAUUACAACAGCGACGGCUGGUGGCAAGCUGCUGAGCUGAUGCGAACGUAUGGUCUCUUCGACGAAUCAAACAAGGGCAUGGACGAGAAGAAGAAGGACGAGGUCCGCGAUGUUCUGCUGGGUCUUCUCGAUAAGGACGGCGACUCCUCUGUCAGUCGCCAGGAGUGGAUGGACUUUAUCAAGUCUGGAAAGACACUCCCCGACCUUAACACUGGCCCCGGCCACCACGGCGAUGACGAGUACGAGUAUGAGAUCCAUCAUUGGGAAAAGUACCACGACGACAACACCAAGCUCGAGGACCUGACACAUCCCGAAGACAUUGAGCAUUUUAAGAAACACGACGAGAUGGAGGAUGCCCAGGAACGCCUCGAAGCAAUGCAGAAGCUCUCCAUCGUCGAGGCCAACAUUCCUCAAAAGUUCCGACGACAAUAG